AUGGAAACAUCAUGGUUGUGGACUAUUCUACCUGGAAUAAAAUGUAUAGAAACCGUAACCUCCCUCCAGGACCUACAGUACUCCUAUCCCUCUGUUUGGAAAUGUUCUGCAGAUCAAGAGGGGAGAGAUGUAUUUCUUCUUAACAAUAGUUUGGAAAAAAAAUAUGGUGAUGUAUAUACUCUCCACUUUGGCCCCAAUCCUGUCAUCAUUUUGUGUGGUUAUCGGGCAACAAAAGAGGCUCUUAUUGACCAGGCAGAAGAUUUCAGUGGUCGUGGUGCAAUGCCAAGUUUUGAUCAAUAUUUCCAAGGAUAUGGUGUCAUUUUUACAAAUGGAGAAGAAUGGAAGCAGCUGCGAUGCUUUUCCCUUACAACACUAAGGAAUUUUGUCAACGGAAAGAGGAGCAUUGAAGAAAGGGUAAAGGAAGAAGCACAGUUCUUGGUGGCAGGGAUUUAGUCAUACCAAG